AUGAAAUAAAAUAAAUAAAAUAUACAUAAGGUUAUCCGCAAGAGUAAUUUUAAAUCUCUAAUGUCCUAUAGGACCAUGGACUGAUGAAGAGGAUCUAAGAGUAAUUGAAUUAGUUUAAGAAUUUGGUCCUUAAAAAUGGACUCAAAUUGCAUAAUAAUUAGAUGGAAGAAUAGGAAAAUAAUGUAGAGAAAGGUUAUUAUAAAUGUUAUAUUUAAUAGAUGGCAUAAUCAUUUGAAUCCAUUGAUUAAGAAAACUCCUUGGGAAGAAGAUGAAGAAUGGAUUCUUUUUCUAUAUCACAAGGCAUUAAGUAUUAAUCCUCAUGAUAAGGUAAUAAAUGGGCUGAAAUAGCCAAACAUGUCAAUGGAAGAACUGAUAACUCAAUUAAGAACCAUUGGAAUAGUGGAAUGAAAAAGAGAAUGACAGAAUUUUAAAUGAAAUUGGUUUAAAUUAAGUAGAAAUUUUAAAGAGAAGGGUAUCUUAAGAAGCUUAAAUAAGAAUUUAAAUUUUGAACGAUUUUGAUCCAUUACAAAAGAAAGCUCUAGAGAUUAUUUUAUAGAAUAAAUAGUAUAAGAACAUUACUAGUGAAUCUUCAGAGAGUGACGAUGUUUCCUAUCCAACCAAAUAAUCCAAGAAGAAUAGAUUAGAUAAAGAAUUAAUAGAGUUGUAAGGAGAACAAUAACUUAAAGGACAAAAUGAUUAAAUGAUAGAAUAAAACUACAUCAGUGAUGAAGAGUAGGAAUUGAGCAAUAGGUGAUUUAUAAAAUAUUAAAAUUUUUAGUGUAAAUUCCUUUUAAUUACUAACAACUUCUAAGAAGAAGAGUAAAAUUGAAUAUGAAGAAAAUAGUAUUCAGCAAUAUUGAA